GCCAGCAAGAGUCUUUGCUGAACUAAGAAGACGUUAUUGGAUUCUACGGGGAAGGGAGUCUAUUAAGAAACAUCAAUACACAUGCAUUGACUGUCAAAAAUGGCGUGCCAAGCCUAACAUUCCGAAAAUGGCCGACCUUCCACCAGCACGCUUACGUCUGUACAAGCCCCCCUUCUAUUCCACUGGAAUGGAUUGCUUUGGUCCAUUCACGGUGAAGAUUGGCCGAAGAACUGAGAAAAGAUGGGGAAUAGUGUUUAAAUGUCUGACAACCCGUUGUCUACAUCUUGAUCUGUUAGAAAGCAUUGACACAGAUGCAUUCCUAAUGUCUCUUAGAAGAUUCAUAGCUCGAAGAGGGAAACCAUUCGAGCUUCUUUCUGAUAAUGGUACCAAUUUUGUUGGAGGAGACACUGAGAUGAGAACAGCCUAUGAAGCCAUGACGCCUGAUCUGAAGCAACAACUUGCUGAACAACAGAUUUCAUUCAGAUUCAAUCCACCUAGUGCCCCUCAUUUUGGGGGAGCAUGGGAACGGGAAGUGAAGUCAGUAAAACAGGCCCUAAAAGUAGUAUUAAAGGACCAAACGGUGACUGAGACUGUACUCCGUACCAUUCUCACUGAGGCAGAGGGCAUCUUGAAUACUAAACCAUUGGGAUACACAUCCUCAGAUGUGGCAGAUCCUGACCCUAUUACACCUAACAUCCUGCUAAUGGGUCGUCAUGAUUCAUCACUUCCACAAGUACUCUAUGAUUCAAGUAAUCUUUUGGGAACUAGAUGGAGGAAACAUAGUCAAGUACUUGCUGACCAUUUCUGGGCUAGGUUUAUCCGUUAUUACCUCCCGAAUCUGCAAGAAAGACAAAAGUGGCGUAAAGAGGGAGGAGAAAUUAGUCUGGACCAAGUGGUACUGAUAGUGGAUCCACAACUGCCACGAGCAUGUUGGCCAGUAGGAAGAGUGACCAAAACUUUCCCUGGACUUGAUGGACGUAUCAGAACAGUUGAAGUUCAGGUACACAAUCGCACUUAUGUAAGACCUGUAUCCCGUAUAGUAUCACUCCCUAAACUCAAUGAAGAUGACACUAUUGCCCCUACCAUUUAGGAUUUCUCACUAAUACAAAUGUUCUUAUACACAUUUGGGGGCGGCUGUGUGAGAAAGCCCUAACCACGCCCCCUUGCGUAUUACGUCAUGCACGCAUUGGAGACAUGUUCAGACAUGCAGACUCGGCAACUGAGAGUGAAAGGAGGCUAACGGGAUGGUUUAUGCAUAUUUGUAUAUGUUUUUCCCGUGUGUACUUGAUUACGGACCAUGUGUGAAUAAACAUAUACAGAUCUUCAUUUGAUUCAAAGGCUGACCUAUGCCUCAUUAUUCCGUUUCUCUAACCGGAAACAUCCACAUCCAUCUUGAGUGCAUUUUCACAUGAACCCACUGAGCGUCCUAAACGCUCGUAUACUGACCCAUGGGGUACUAUGCAAUGAAAAAGCACCGUUAGAGAUGUGCUGCCUGAGCAUAGUUAUCUGGUCUUAAUGUCUGAGGGAAAUAUUCCCGUGACAGGAAGUCUACUAGUCAUCGUAGUCGUAAGUUUGAUUCCGACAUUGGUGGGGACAAAAAUAAAAAAUGGGUCAUUACCAAAGGUUGCUUUUGACUUUUUUAUUCUUCGUUAUUCUGACGGAUAUGGUUGGAAAAUUCCACCAUAGUCAAAUAUUAUCUGUGAUUUCAUAUUUAAAUUAUACUAAUUAAUAUUUUUUGUUUACAUGUUAAUUUUUAAUCAUGAACUUGAACCAGAUGAGCAUAGUUAAAAUGUGUAUUUAUUUGUGAAGAGAACAGAUGAACAGAGACCAUAGAUAACUUUAGGCUACAUGUUAAAGAUCACAUCAAGUAGAU